UUUGCUGUCAAGUGAAGUGAUCAGCUGCUGAGCAGAGAGAGAGGAGGGUUUCUGGUUAGACCCACACCGGAGUGGGAGUGGCAGCAGGCUGGUGACGUGGAGGCUGCAGACCCCACCCCCCUCCACCCCCCCACCCUGGGUGCAGCAGGCUUCAGACCGCUCAGACCUGUCCUCCACUCCUCCGCCCUGUCCCUGUGCUCCUCCGACCAGCACGGCUCCUGAGACCGGCGCUCACACACACACACACACACACACCGCAGUGGAGCCACCAUGCUGCAGGACGACGGCGGCGGCUCCGCCUUCGCCCCCCUGGUGGUGCUGGAGCUGGCCCCGGACACCAAGGAGGAGGCGGUGGCCUGGCUGCUGAGCAGGAUCAGAGACCCGCAGCACAGUGGAGGCGCCGAGCUGCUGGUGCGGCAGCUGGGCCCCGGGGUGGAGGCCGGGGAGAAGACCAACCCCAACGUGUUCCUGGUGGGGGCGUCGCGGCGGCGGCUGCUGUCCGGGGCCGAGGACCUGGGGCUCUUCAAGGAGUACAGCGACGGCUCCAUGAGGGGCUUCACCUGCGCCAACAAGCUCAACUUCAAAGGCUUCACAGGGGACGGAGACGACUUCCUGAGCAUGGCCGAGUGUCAGUACAUCAUCAAACACGAGCUGGACACCCUGCGAGCCAAAGAGGAGACCCACGUCCCGGGACACAGCCAGGCCAAGCUCUACCCGGGGAAGUCCAUCGUUCGUAGACUGCAGUCCAAAGGCAUCUUGGUCCAGAUGUUUCCUCUCCACGAGAAAGAAGAGCUGAAGAGACUUUCUUUCUCCUGGUAUAAGAAGGUCAAGUUGGCCUUCCAGCCUCUUGACGAUAUCAGGCACUACUACGGCGAGGGCCUGGGCCUCUACUUCGGCUUCCUGGAGUACUUCACGUUGGCGCUGGUGCCCAUGGCGCUCGUCGGCCUGCCUUACUACCUGUUCGACUGGGAGGACUACGACAAAUAUGUUGUGUUUGCUGCUUUCAACUUGGUCUGGUGCACGAUCAUCCUGGAGCUGUGGAAACAGUUCAGCGCCUCUCUGGCGUUCCGCUGGGGCACCCUGAGCAGAAAGAGGGCCUUCGAAGAGCCGCGCCCCGGCUUCCACGGCGUCCUGGGGUUCAACCCCGUGACGGGGCGCGAGGAGCCGGUGUACCCCGCGGCCAAGAGGCACGUGCGCAUCUACCUGGUGUCCGUGCCCUUCGUCCUGCUGUGCCUGUACCUGUCGCUCCACGUCAUGAUGAUCUACUUCCAGAUGGAAGGCUGGGCGCUGACGCUGCACGACCAGGACCCCACCUUCUGGACGGGCGUUCUGGUCUUCGUGCCCAGCGUCAUCUACGCCGUGGUCAUAGAGAUCAUGAACCUCAUCUACAGAUACGCUGCCGAGUUCCUCACUGAGUGGGAAAACCACCGGCUGGAGUCUUCCUAUCAGAACCACCUGGUCCUCAAGGUGCUGGUGUUCAACUUCUUCAACUGCUUCGCCUCCCUGUUCUACAUCGCCUUCGUCAUGCAGGACAUGGUGCUGCUGAGACAGAGUCUGGCCACCCUGCUGAUCACCAGCCAGAUCCUGAACCAGGUGAUGGAGGCCUUCCUGCCCUACUGGCUCCAGAGGAGGCGCAACAAGAAGAUGAUCCGCAGGGUGCAGAAGAGGCGGACUCUGGGGGAGCAGGAGCUCCCCCUGGAGGAGCAGGUCCGGCUGGAGGCCGACAUGAGCACCUACCUGGGCACCUUCGACGACUACCUGGAGCUCUUCCUGCUGUUCGGCUACGUCAGCCUGUUCUCCUGCGUCUACCCGCUGGCCGCCGUCCUGGUGGUCCUCAACAACGUGACGGAGGUCUACUCCGACGCCUUCAAGAUGUGCCACGUCUUCAAGAGGCCCUUCUCCGACCCCGCCGCCAACAUCGGCGUCUGGCAGCUGGCCUUCGAGGCCAUGAGUGUGAUCGCUGUGGUGACGAACUGCGCCCUGAUCGGCAUGUCUCCUCAAGUCAAGGCCUACUUCCCCGAGUCGGACACACAGCUCAUCCUGUGGACCGUGGCCAUCGAGCAUUUCCUGCUGGCCGUCAAGUUCAUCCUGACCUUCCUCAUCCCCGACGUACCCAAACACAUCCGGAUCAAACUGGCCCGGCUGGAGUUCGAGUCCCUGGAGGCCCUCAAGAGGAAGAAAAUGCUGGAAGCCUCGGAGCUCCGGAAGGGGGGCCAGUGAGGACCUGAGGCUCCACAGAUACUGACCCCGGCUCGGCUCGGCUCUGCGCACGCACACACACACACACACACACACACACACACACACACACACACACACACACACACACACACACACACACACACACACACACACACACACACACACACACACCCGCUGCUUCCACGGCAGAGCCACAUCUGUCCCAGAUGUGCUGCUUUGAACGAGCUGUACUGUGGAGGGGAGCCGCUGUAAACAUGGUGUACUGUAGAAAGGACGGAUUUAUUCCGGAGAAAGUUUUUAAUUUAUGCUUGGCUUUCUGCUCUUCAGCCACUGAAGUCACUCCUGUCUUCUGGGACGAUGCAAUUUUUUGAUCAUUAGUUAAACUGCUGUCGGGUUUGUUUCCAAAUGAUAAUAGGAGAGGAUGAAGAGCGCCGACAAGGGACGAAGAGGAUGAACUCCAUGGAACUCCAUUUAGCCUUUAGCGCAAGACAAUCUGAUACAGCGGGAGACCAGCACACUCCACACUGGUCCCAGCUGGUCCCGACAGGUCCAGGUGGCUUUAAGACACGCCCCUUUUGGUACGAGACACACUCAACACAGGACAGGUCUCCUUUCAUGUUACGUUCAUUUCUACUUGACCACGCCCUUAGUUUAGGCCACGCCCCUAAGUUCAGACCACACCCUUUUAGGUAUUGGACACAAGCACUUAGUAACAAACAAAUGUAUUCAGGACACACACAUUCACCACUAAAGACAAGAUGAGCACCCUUAAAGACACACCGGUUUCAUUUAAGACACGCCCCUUUGAUUUAGGACACGCCCCUUUCAUUUAAUAUCUCCUCCUCAGCAAUAAACCCUUGUUUUCUCAGAAAUCCACCUCCAGUCAUUAGAAGUGAGAUGAGCUGGUUUCAUUUCCAGAACUUUCCUCCUCGGUUCAUUGGGUGUUUGACGCCUUUAACGCUGGACGUCUGGUUUUAUCGACGGAUACUCCCCCUUCAGGACAAAAGGACACUUCAGGAUUUUUGUUUUAAAUUUAACAGUCUUUGACACUCUCAGUUAUACUGAAAUGUCGAUUCUGUCCUGAUCUUCAUGCUUUUUCAGCUGGUUUUGGUUUGAUAACUGUCCUGAGCGUGAAGUCGGACAAACACGGAGGGGGAGAUGAAGCUGUUAUUUGACACCGGACUCGUCCAGCCUGGAGUUUCAGCCCGUCUGAUGACGCUCUGCAGCUUCUUCACGCUCAAAGCUUUUGAUCCUCCAGUCCGGAGCUGAGGCUGUAAUUACAGGCACCAGUGGAAAGUCGUGUUCUGUAUCUAGAAGGAGGCGAAUCGUUUUCCUUUUGCUUCAGUUUGAACAGUAUUCUGAAAAAAUCCCAGAUUUAAAACUUAUGAUGAGAACCUUCAUCACAUUACGGAACGUGAGGAGCUCUGGUGUGAUCAACAGUUCAGGUUAGAAAUUAUUAGGUUUUUUUCUUUAUCAUGUUUACGUCUAACCAGCUGACUUAUGGUCACAAGUUCCACGUUCCAAUGUGAUGAAGCUUCACAGAGGACCAUCCUCGUCUCAGAACAUGAAGCCGUUCAGCUGCCCUGCGAGAACCGCUCAUGAAGACACGAUAAAGAUAAAGCCUUCACAGUGUGGCGUGUUGUGGUUUGUUACAGGACUGUUAUGAAUAACCAGUGUGACGUGACGCUUUACAGUUUUACAUGAUAUCAGUGUUCCUCAUCACGAUGUGGCGUCUUAACAUGUUCCGUCAUGACUGUUAUAGUGAUGCUUCAUGGGUCACGGUUCAAACCUGGCGUUACUUCCUGUCACGUUAUGCUAUGCUAGCAUUAUGUUUUGUGUUUUUCCCGCCGUGGCCGUGACUCCACAGAUAUGCAUGCCCACCAGGGAUCUGGUUCAGCAUGUGUGCUCGCCUCCACCACCCGGUGCCUUCAGAUGUAACCUGUGCGUCUGCAGUUAGCUUCUGACGCUAACGCUAACCGUAUGAGAACAUGUGACCUGCCGGGCUGAAAUAAACCACACAUAAGGAACAACGUGCCUGCUGGCGGCCAUCUUGCAGGGGUGGACCUGCUUCCACAGCACAGCGCGGAAUGAAGAAGUGAUCAUAAACUGAUCAGUUUUCAACUCUGCUCCAGUUUAUUAUAAACAUCAGACAUGGAGGACACACAGACACAAACAACGAGAUGAACUCGUUCAGGCAGAGUGAGGCUUUUACUGAGAGAACUGGUUUAAGGAUUUAUAUUGCACUUGAUUGAUUUUAUGAUUCUGAUUAUAUUGUAUUUUUAUAUUGAUAUAUUGAUUAAUAUUGCUAUUGUCAGUCUUAAUCAUAGACCUAUCACUUAUAUAUUACAUAACAUAUUAUAGUAUAUAUUAUAUUAUAUUAUAUUAUAUUAUAUUAUAUUAUAUUAUAUUAUAUAUUAUAUAUUAUAAUUUUGAUUCACAGCCUCUGACACGUCUGUCUCAUUAAAACCAUCAUAUCUACAAACUACUAUAAACUACUAGAACUAUAAAAUACUGGUGUAUUUCUUCGGGCCAUGGUGUCUCUCAUCCAGAUUCAGUCUGAUCUUCCUCCAGUCUUCUUCUUUUGGUCAGGUUUAACGUGCACAGAAGUCAAUUCACUUUUGGGAAAAAUAAAAGCUGCAAUUUCUACAAUUACAACCCCAAAAAAUCCAAUCUGUCCCGUCUGGGUUUAUUUCACUAUUUAACAAGCAGCUCUCUCCAUGUUAUUCUUCAUAAACUCUUUGCCAGUGAAAAGUGAUUCUACAGUAUCUGGUUUAAUCAGAACAUCCAGAGGGGGGGAAAAAAACCUGCAUCUUUUCCACUUAUAUUGGAUUUUUGUUUUUAAAACAUCCACGCACCCUGUGUCAGAGCCACACGUGUGACGUUAACAAAUCAAAUCAUUUGGAAUCCUGGACAAUUCAGUGAAUAAUUCUACUUUAAGAUGGAGAAGCCCUGACCUCCAUCCACUUUAACGCACUGCGUCUCUGACCCCCUCUCCAAGAUGGCCGCCAUGCAGGCACGUCUCUCCACACGAACGAGGCGUCCACCUAUAUGUCUGUGAAAUAAACUACAA